AUGGCCAGUUUCUCCCGGGGGCUGCUGCAGCACUCCCUCCGGCCGCUCUCGAGCCCGCGAAUUUUCCUCUCCGAACUGUCUGCCCCGCGAGCAGCCCGGUUACUCACAACGUCCCCUUGCUGGCACGCCGCCGCCUCCUCCCCAGCCAAAGCGAGCAGACCGCCGCCGCCGCCGCCGCGCCCCUCACAACGAGGCCAACCGCCCAAACCAAGCGGCCUUACGAACUAUGCUCUGAUCAAGACCCUGGCCUCCAAGCCGACCCCCACGGUGCUCUACGAGGGCGCCUCACACUUCUGGUUCUACUUUGGAUGCUGGACGAGCGGCAUCACGAUCCUGGCGUGGACGUGCCUGACGGCCCCCUCGGUCGUCUCGCAGCCCGAGGGCGUGCCGUCGUGGGUCAGUUGGGUCUACGGCGCCUCCUACGCCCUCCUCACCGGCAUGGGCUUCUUCCUCAUCUCCAAGACUCCCAACAUCGUCAGCUCCAUACGGGUCCUGCCGGUAGCAGCAGCAGCAAAGUCGGCGCCGGCCAACGUCCCCGCCGCCGCCGCCGCCCGACGAGCACCCUCAGCAGCAGCAGCGCCCACGAUGGAGGUCACGGUGCAGCGCAUGGUGCCCCUCCUGCAGCCCAAGGUGCUCAGGGUGCCGCUGGACAAGGUGUCGCUCAAGUCGCGGCUCUCGCUGCCGGACGAGUACGUGCCCGAGCUGAGGCGCAAGGAGCUGGCGCGCAGGGCCGAGCAGGAGCAGGUGGCGCUGCGCAGGUUCGACAUGGAGCACCUACUGACGAUGCCGUUCCGGCGGAUGGGGAGGGCGCUCAAGGCGCUGUUCAGGGGCGUCCGGUCGGCGUGGACGGACAUGGGGUGGGGGGUGAUGACGGUGGACGGGAAGAACUACAAGGUGAACGUCGAGAAGGGGUUUGCGCACGAUGGGUUCAGGACGCUGGAGAGGAUCGUGCCCAUCGACCCGAAGUAA